UUCUGCCAGAAGUGGAUUUACUAGAGAAGCUUUUAAAAUGAUUUAUAACAUUCAAUAUUACAUUUUAAUUAGGUUAACAAAUAGGUCUUUUAGUUGUCACAAGUUACAAAGCAUCUUCGAAUUCAUAUCUUUAAUGAAGAACCAGAUGCAAAAUAGCAGUUUAGGGUGCUCUUCCAAUUCCAGAAGUGCAGUGAAUAUAAAAUACAUGAUUGUAUUUAUAUAAUUAAAAAAUCUAAUCAAGAAUAUCAGGAGCCUAUUAGACAUACGAGAUUUGGUCAUUAUCUCUAAUAGGUAAAUUGAGAUGAAUUAUAUUUUUUUCUUCACAAAGUUUUUAUAUUAAAUUAAUAUCAAUAAAGUUUCUUUAUUAAUCAUUUUUUGUUUAAAGAUUUAUUAUAACUGAAACAUUAAGUGAAGUUAAUAAAUUAAUAUCAUUUUGACAAUUAAGGAAAGUUCCAAUAUAUAAAUUAUCAUCUAUUUAGUUAUAUUAUAGUUCUUCUCUAAAAUAUUAAGGCUCUAUUUCAGAAUAAUAAAUAGAAUACUUGUUUUUUAAGUUUUUGGAACAGGUUAUAUAUCUAGAUGGACCUCUUUCCAUUUAGGUUAAAUCUUUAAUAUAUUUAUAUUUAAAAGAAUCUAUAGUCAUGUCUAUGUAUAUUUGAUUUUUAUAUAUUUCUUUUUUUUCUUAUGAUUAGUACAAUUAAAAUGGUUUUUUAAUUUAUUAAUUAUUCCCAACAACAUGUAUUAUUAAAUUUUAUUAUUAUGAUUAAACCAUAAAUAUUAUUUUUCGAUAAUUAUAUAUAUCCUAAAUAUAUAUUUUAUUAUUUUCCUUUUGGAUGUAAUAACUUCCUUUAUUUAUGUUUAAACUACGAUAAUUACCAUUUUCAAUAUUUAUAGUUUCGUUUGUAUAUUCUUUAAGUAUAGCAUAUUUAUAGUUUAUUAUAUUUUAGUUUUAUUCAAUUUAGCAUUCGCCACUCCAAAUAUCAUUCUCAUUCCAUUUUAAUUAAGUACCUUUUUGAUCUAUUAUAUUUCCAUAUUCGUCGUAUUGCAAAAGGACUACUUUUUAUCCCCAUUAUACUUUACAUUAUACC